AUGCAGGAAAGACCCCUCAUCACUUGUGAUCAGAAUAAACAAGCACGGAACAAGCAGAAUGGAGAGCUGGCAGCAAUCAAGGUCAUCAAGAUGGAGCCAGAGGAUGAUUUCUCUAUCAUCCAGCAAGAAAUCGUCAUCGUAAAGAGCUGCAAACAUCCCAACAUAGUGGCGUAUUAUGGCAGCUACAUACGAGCCAAUAAGCUGUGGAUCUGCAUGGAGUUCUGUGGAGGUGGCUCCCUGCAGGACAUCUACCACGUGACCGGUCCUCUGUCGGAGCCACAGAUCGCCUACAUCUGCAGAGAGAUGCUCCAGGGCCUGGACUACCUGCAUGCACAGAAGAAAAUCCACAGAGACAUCAAGGGUGCUAACAUCCUCCUCAACGAUCUGGGCGAGGUCAAACUGGCCGACUUUGGGAUCUCAGCUCAGAUCACAGCCACUCUGGCCCGGCGGAUGUCCUUCAUCGGGACGCCAUAUUGGAUGGCUCCAGAGGUGGCAGCGGUGGAGAUUAAAGGUGGCUACAACGAGCUCUGUGACGUCUGGUCAGUGGGCAUCACAGCCAUCGAGCUGGCAGAGCUGCAGCCGCCGAUGUUUGAUGUCCACCCGCUGAGGGUUCUGUUUCUCAUGUCCAAGAGCGGCUACCAGCCUCCCAAACUGAAGGACAAGUCUAAAUGGUCGUCCAUGUUUUAUAACUUCGUAAAGGCCAUGUUGGUGAGGAACCCGAAGAAGAGACCCAGCGCCUCCAAGAUGCUCACACACAUGUUUCUGACCCAGCAGUGCCUGAACCAGGAGCUGACCCGAGACCUCCUGGAGAAAUAUCGACACCCUGAGAAACUGAAGAGCAACCUGGGGACGGAGGACGAAGACAUGGAGGUGGCGUUACCCGGAUCUUUGAAGAGGAUUCAGUCCAUCAACAGACACAAUCAGGCAGAGAGGACGAACUCUGACAUAAGCUUGGAACAGAUCUACACUCAGAGGCCUGUGAGGAAACCGGACACAACGUUACGACCUUCACCGGGAUCCACCGGCAGCAAGAGUCCAGUGAGGGAUCAGGACACAGACUCAGACGAUGACUAUGACGAUGUGGAUGUCCCCACAUUACAAGCCUCCAGUUUCAUCCUGCCAGCCAAUGAAACUCCGCCUCCACUUCCUCCAAAGCCUAAAGCACGGACCAGCUCAGAGGAAAGCAUGGCGGGGGAGGAGGAGCGGGGGAAGAAACCCAGCUCUCUGUACGCCCCGUCCUCCCCCCUUAUAAGGACAUCCAGUGGGACACACGUCAGACCUACCCCCAAACCUCGAUCCAGCAGACACUCAGACCCCGCCUCCUUCCCCGGCCGGUUGAAUGACACCCCUGCAGACCUCCUUCCUCCUGAGCUCCCUCCUAAAGGCGUACGCAGACGACAAGUCACAUCAAAGGACCCUGCAGAGUGUGCCAGCCCCGUCAUGAAGAAACCUCCAGUCUACUUUAAAAGGAUCUUCCACGGCUGUCCUCUUAAAAUAAACUCCUCCACCACCUGGGAAAACCCGGCUACCAAAGACCAGCAUCUGAUCCUGGGGGCAGAGGAAGGGAUCUACACGCUGAACCUCAGCUGCUCAGAGGCCACCAUGGAGCUGCUGUACCCGGGGAAGUGUACCUGGGUCUACACCAUCAAUAACAUCCUCAUGUCUGUGUCAGGUAAAUCCUCACAGCUUCACUCCCAUUCGCUCAAAGAGUUGUACGAGCAGGCUCGGAAAGACCAGAGGAUGGUUGUUUUGCCUACUCACAGACUGUUACCAAGGAAAUUUGCAGUGACGUCUAAAGUCCCGGAUACAAAGGGCUGCAAGACGUGCUCAGUCGCUGUGAACAUGCAGCGAGGAUGUGUGUUCCUGUGCUGCGCUCUGGAGUCCAGUGUUGUGCUGCUGCAGUGGUACGAGCCCAUGCACAAGUUCAUGCUCAUCAAGCACUUUGACUUCCCCCUGCCGACUCCUGUGCGCCUGUUUGAGAUGGUGGUGGUGCCUCAGCAGGAGUACCCGCUGGUGUGCAUCGGGGUCUCCCGGGGGUCCAGCCCCAACCUGCCAGUCUUUGUAGAAUACAUCAACCUGAACUCCAACACUUCCUGGUUCACCAACUCUGGCUUGGAGAGACCAUGUCCAGAUGCAGUCCAAGUAAACCAGCUGGACAGUAACUCACUGCUUGUUCUAAUAGAAAAGUCAGUUCAUAUAGUCGGACUGGAGGGGGAGUUAAAGAGCAGCAAGCCACUGCAACAUGAGACCUUCUCUCAUGAUGUCGAGUCUAUAGUGUAUUUUGAGGAGACGCUGUUGGUGGUGUGGCGUCACGGCUGGCAGAGAAGAGGACACAGUUUCACUGAAGUUCUGGAGGAAACCACCAACCCGAGGAAGAUCCACAGACUGCUUCAGUCGGACAAGAUGGUCAUCUUGGAGACACGUCAGACCGAGGACAACACCGGGUUCUCAGACCUUUAUGGUCUGGAAAUAGCCGAGAACUACGUCAUGCUGCCCUGACUCUGCCGUCUGCCGGCACAGAGCAUCAUGGGAAACUCCUAACUCCUCUUCCAUAUGAACGCCUCCUCUCAGGACUAUCAUCCAUCAUCAUGACGGACACGGACGCAUCACUGCCGUCACAGAAUUUCAUUUUUAUUUCAUGGCUGGAGAGUAGAAGGAAGUGACCCUGACUCUGGUGAAGUUUUAGUUUGCAGGAUUUAUAAGAAUACACAGCUGAGAAAAAACACCAUUUAAAGAAUGAAGGGAUGCCCUCCUCUGAUAAAAGAGGUGGGUCUACUUUCAUCUGUCACAGUAUUGUUGAUCACAGCUGCUGCCUGCAGGGACUGACAUGUACAGCACUCCACAACCAACAUAAAGGACUUAUAGGAUCAACAGCGUACUGCUGAUCAAGCUGUUUGUUACCUGAGUGUCAUGUCAGUGCUGAAUUCAAGAUGCACACUCGACUGCCGUUACACUGUAAUAACGUUAAAUAACUCAAGAUGAUGUGACCUGUAAUGAUGAAAAACAGCAAAGUAGUAACCAUUCAUGAACAAUGGGUGUGUGUUAUCAAUGUGUGUGUGCACGUUUUGCUAUAAAAUGAAUAAGAUGUGAA